AGUACCAUCAUCAUGGCGGGCAUCAAAGGUACGCUCUUUUUAUUUUCCUUUCCUGUUUUCUUAUCUGCGGUGUCAAAAUAAAAAUUUACCUAUCUGUGCUCAGUCGCAUUGUUCCGUUAUUGCCUGGCUAUUGAUACGAUAGCCACGGAUGAUGCAACGUAAAGAUAAUGAACGCGAUUCUAAGCCCUUUGUGGCGUAUCGCUACUUGAGUGUUAGGUGUUCACCUUCUCAACUCGCAAGAUUCCUUGGCGAUUUUUCCUUCGACGCUAUUUCGGUCAUUCAUCUAAUCUGUCAUGGUCGAGGCGUGGAAGGGUAUGUCUCCCAUUUGAGCGAAAUAAACAUCUUUAAAACUAGAGCUUGGAGGAGACAGUGAGUUGGAUGCCGAGCAAUAGAAUUGACUGUCAUUGAAUCAUAGCGCAACCCUUGAACAACUUGCGAGCAUAGUUUACAGUCAGGAAAACCGUUUUCACGUUUUAAUACGUUAGCUUUGUCUAACCUGCUGUUUUCCAUUUUUUUUUUCUUUCAAACUUUCCCAUUUCCGACCAUCUGCCCGUCUUCUGGAACCAUGUCAGCACUGGUGGCCCUGGCCUUCUCCGGCUCGGUGGGCAUGACUCUCCUGGUUCUCGGGUGUGCACUGCCUCAGCCCAGCAACUGGUACCCCUUCUUCGUGGUGCUGAUGUACGUGCUCUCCCCGCUGCCCUCGCUCAUCGCCCGGCGCUACAAGGAGGAUGCGGGGACCUGGAAGGCCGCCCAGGAGCUGGCCUACUUCGUCACGACGGGCAUCGUCAUCUCCGCCUUCGGCCUGCCCCUCGUGCUGGCACGCUCGCCCUCCGUGCCGCACCCCGUGAUCCAGUGGAGCGCAUGUGGCCUAGUGCUGGCAGGCAACCUGGUCGUCUUCAUCACCAUCCUGGGCUUCUUCCUGGCGUUCGACAACGACGAAGUCGACUACAACAUGUGGUGAAGGCGAGGCUCCGGCCCAAGAAACAAAAAAACCCAAAUUAGCCUCCUUCCGACGUCCGCUUUCCUCGAGCCCACUGCCAAAUUUCCGCCGCCGACCUGCCAGGCUCCUUCGCUCCUCUGACCAAAUCACAGAGAGGCUCCGUCUUUAGUUGCCGUCAUUCGUAGGCGCUUGCUGUACGCUUCGCCAAGGUUGGCUGCGCUCUAUGUGAAAUGAGCCGCGUUUCCGUCUUGGAUCGGCUUCCGGCGGCCUGCUCUGGGGACUUGAUUUACCCCUUCUGGUGGAAGCUAGUGCUCUUCCCCUCGUAGGCGCAUGCUGUACACUUUGCGAGAGUUAGCAGUUGUGCGGUUGCGCCGUGUGCAAAAUAAGCCGUCAGUUAACGGCGUCCUCAAGAACACUGCAUUUCCGUCUUAGAUUGGCUUCGACAUGUGCUUGCUGUCGGCUUGUUUUGGGAAUUGGAUUUACUUUUUCUGGUGGAAACGAAUGGUCGGGCCCUUCUAAACACACACCGUAUGCUUCGCUAGAGUUAGGGUCCGACGGCUGCACUCCGUGUGAAACGCUAUGUCGGUCGCCGGCAUCUCACCUUUUCUUCAAGAAUGCCGCAUUCCCGUCGAGGAUUGGCUUUGACGUUGGUUCGCUCUCGGCUUGUUUUGGGGAUCGCAUUUACCCUUGGAAGCGAGAAAUUGUGCCCCGAGGGCAAUUAAUUGUCUUAUCUUUGGAUCAAGUCAGAGAUGCAAUCCGACACGCGGGAUUUGUCGAUUCGAUUCGGCAUCUUGUAAAUAGCAUAAAGAACUUUGUCGUGGAAAUAAGGGAAGUUUCCAUUGUGGUGUCUUUCGGUAUCUGGAGGAUAAUGUUCCGGAGAGAAGAUUGUUUCUUGCAGUCAAGGGACUGGCACCUAGUAACGGAGAAACAGAUCUUUGCUGUUAUUAGUCUGUAUGGAGGGGACGCGACGCAUGCUGUACAUAGUCUAUUAUUUAAUAAAAAAAUAUACCUCACAAUGAA